AUGCCAGAGGAUGCUGGUAUUUGUUUUUGUCGUGCCCAACCUGACAAAAACAUUAUCACUUGUAGUAACAGUGAGUGUCCUUACAACGACUUUCAUAUUUCUUGUUUGGGCCAAGAGUCAGUGACAUUGCCCAAAACAUGCUACUGUCCACAUUGUAGCAGACUUCCACAGUUUAAGCGCAAAAGGGGCAAAUCACAUGCACAGCAUAAAAAUGAACAGAAUGCUGUCAACAAGAAAGCACUACUAUUUGACAAAGUCUGUGUUUGUGAAGUAAAAGCUACAGUGGAACCCCGCCUUACGACCACCCCAUUUAUAAGACCACCUCGUUAUUACGACCAUAUUCUUUCAAACCAAACGUAACAACCAUUGAGUCAUUUUAUUAUUUUGAAGACCCUGUUAAUGCGACCACCUCGUUAUUACGACCAGGA